UGAUCACUCGGUAGUUUUCUAUAGAAAGAAGAAUAAGGAGUAGUAUUUGUAGCUAACGGGCACGUGGGAAAUUAUUGUGUAUAUUAAUAUUGCAAUCGCGCAGUGCAGUAUCAUAAUACAUAUCUAAUGUAUUGUGCACCUAUAUCUUUGGUGGUGACAUAUUCCGCGAGUGUAGGCCUUUAGACUAGAUGCAAAAUGGUGAUCAAGGUUUACGUUGAUCUUGGCUCCCAACCCUGCCGUGCUCUGGUCGUAUUUCUGAAGCAUUCCAGUAUACCGCAUGAGAUUGUUGAGCUCGAUCUUGGAAAAGGAGACCAGAAGAAGCCAGAGUUCGCAGCCAUCAAUCCGUUGAAGCAAUUUCCAGCGAUCAAAGAUGGGGACUUCUGCCUCGCUGAGACAGUGGCUAUCUUCCGUUACCUAACGACGCAGUUCCCCAAGUCUUUCUCAGACCACUGGUAUCCAGCGGACCCACAUCGCCGGGCCAAGGUAGAUGAAUACCUGUCAUUCCACCAUCAGGGCAUACGAGCACCGGUCGAUGCAGUCUUCAUGACAGAGGUCAUGUUGCCUAUCAUCACCGGAAAACCAUUAUCUCCAGAGAAGAUGAAGGAGGAGGAGAAGGUGAUGAGAGAGGCAUUGGCAAAGUUCGAGAGGGUCUUCCUCGCUGGUAAACCCUACAUCCUUGGAGACGAGAUCAGCUUUGCCGACAUCAUGUUCGUCAGUGAGAUGAUACAGAAUACUGUGAGUGGUCGUCACGUGACUGAAGGAAACGAGAACCUGAAAGCUUACGUGGAUCGAGUCAAAGACAAUCUCAAUCCUAUCUUCGAUCAGGUUUUCGAUGUAAUCUACAAAUGGAGGGAAGAUUAUCUCAGCAAGAAGAAGUGAUUCGAUCUGAAAUGGAAAGAUAAUUAUUCGCAGAGCAGGGUCGCGUAACAAAAAGCUUUCCAAUCUUUUACACAAUGACAAUGGUUAACUUAAGAUCAUCGUUACAUACACAUGCUGUUUAAAAGGCUGACGAUUACUCAAAUCAGAAUCGUCGUUUUGAAUUUACACAUGAUCGCAAAGCUUUGCGUGACGGGACCCAUGGCCCUUCUUCAUAAAACGUAUCAACACUUUAAGAUGAAACACUUGACAUCAACUACUAAAACAAUUGAAUUUCAUUGGUUCUGAGCAGAUUUGUCAUCGAAUUUUUGCACUUGUUAUUGAUAACCAAUUUGUAUGAACUAUGAUACAGUGCUCAGUCAUUGCUUACUCUGAACAUUAACGUUACUUUCAAGAAGUGAAAUUUAAAGAAUUUAAAUCAUGCCCUAGUAUUAUUAAUCCCCCUCCCCAGGAUAGGAAUAUUUGUCUUAUGGGUAGUUGUCCGGAUACGACAAGUAUAAUUAUUGCCGUUUUAGACCUUAAAUUGUGAACAGUCUUGACGGUACUGUAACUUAAAGAUGAUAAUAAUUUCAGAAUUGCUCUCAGAAGAAACGUAUUAUUAUACGCAACAAAUGCUUUUUCAGGGGGGAUUGUGGGAGAUAUUGUAAAAUGAUGUGAAUAUACAAUUACUGUAUCCUUGUGCCAAAUUCUUCAACCUGUAAUAAACAAACUCAGGUAAAACAACAUA